AUGUCUAAUGCAUAUAUUACAUAUAAAAAUGUAAAUAUGGAUGAACUGAAAAAACGUAUUCUCUUAGAUAUUAUUUUAGAUUCAUCUAUUCUACCGGUAUGUUUUAGUGGACAAUUAAUUCAUGGUUAUGUUUAUCUAGAGACUAAAGAAGCUUUAAGUAUACAAAUUUUGCAAGUGGAACUGCUUGGAAGAGGAGUUGUUGUCACACCUUACAAGAAGAUAUUCUCUUCUAAACAUUUCAUAAAGGGUUGGACAAAAGAGAGAAAAUCAUUACAACAAAACUUUCCGUCUUAUCAAGGCGUAGGUUGUGUUAUAUCGGGUAUAAAUGGACCAUUAGAUCCUGAAAUAUUACAAACACGUUUAAAAUGUAAAUCUAUGAAAGGAUUCAAUAAACUUGUACCGACAUUUCAAACUGUUAACGAAGAAAUUUACUGUUCUAUGAAUUCAACUUUAAUUGGAGGAGGUAUCCCUGGAAGUUGUGAACUUAUUUUAGCUGGUAAACGAUACUUUCCUUUUGAAUUUGAAUUACCUGAAGUUUGUCCAUGUUCAUUUGUUGGUUCAAGAGGUAGUAUUGAAUACAGGCUAAGAGUUUAUCUAUUACUAUCGAAUGGGGAACAAUUAUGUGCGGAUAAAGGACUAAAAGUUUUACGUAAAACGAUCAUUAACAAAAUGAUGGUGAUUCCAAGUACAUUGGCUUGUCCUCCAAUUACCAGAAAUUAUGUGAGCAGUUUUGAUCAAUUCAUAUCAUCUAGUAGCAACACAGUGAAAUUUAUAAACUUAUCAAGAACAUGUUCACGAUUAUCAAAUUUAUGUAAAAAUGAAACGGAAAAUAUUCUAGAUGAGUAUGAUAACAGUAGUGAAAAAUUAAUUGAGAAAAAUUCAGUGUUCGAUUCCACUUUUACAAAUGAUUACAUACCAGAUCAUUUAUCAUCGUUAGGUCAGAGUGCUUACUCUAACACUGAUCUAGAUGAUACGACUAAAUUAACUAAAUAUUCGUUGAGUUCUUGUUUAAAUGAUUCUCAUCAAAGUAAUCCAUAUUUAAAUUCUAUGCAAUCAACAGAAGAUGAGAACCAAUAUCCAAAUAGUGAAAAUGAUCGAAAUAACAAUAGCAUGCAAUCAAUAUGUAAACCCCAUUUUAACCGUGCUACGAAAAUGAAAAAGGCACUAUAUAAUUCAUUAAGUAAAACAACACUAACUGUACAACGAUGCAGUGAUAAUCCAUAUCCAUUACCUUCUACAUGGAUUUCUCAAUCAUACGGUUCAUCUUAUGCAAUAUAUCCACGUACAUGUCUUGGUGCUCAAACAGGAUAUCCAAUUUCUUGCAGAUUAACUGUCAGUCAACGUCAACUUAAUCCAGGCAGUCGAUUGACAGCAUGUUUAAGUUUACUAGUGGAAGAUCCGUUUGCUCUUCUGAUAGCUCCAUCACUCAAUGGUAUGUCGAGUGAUUUGAAUUGGUGUGCAAAAUUUAAUACAAAUAUUAGUUCAUGCAAAAAAGACUUAUGGAGUCCAUUGGCAAGAGCAUUUGUUUCGUAUUAUUUAGAAGAUUGUAUACGACAAAAGUUUAGUAACGAGAGUCAACAACUUAAUGGUAUAUGGUGGUCAGGAUAUGUUAAACAACGACAUAGAAUAUUUUUAGUACUACGCCAGGUAAUAACUUAUCGAGACUGGACUCACCGUGUUAUUGCUCAAGAGGAGAGAGAUGUUUACAGUGGCGAAAUGAGAAAGCGUCCUACGUCUGAAAAACACUUAUUACGAGUUGCAUUAGAGCAUACAUUUCACUUACCUUCGUUACCGCCAACUGGUUUAGAAGGUUGUUCAUGUAUAGACAUUGCAUACAGUCUAGGACUGGUUAGUUUCAAACUGAAAAAAUUAAAGCAUCCAUUGAAGGUCACUAAAUGGAUUUUAGAGAGUGAUAUUGCUUCAGUUAAACCAGAUAAAUUUAUGGAAUUUGUUUAUAUGCAUGAAACAGGUAGCAGUAGCAAUGGUACAUAUGAAUUAAUGUCGAAGAAACCUCAAAUUAUUACAUUUCAACAGUGCAAACGAGGUAAAGAGAAGGAGUUUAAACGGUUUGCUCGUAUUCAUCACGAUCUUUUACUACCCAUUCCGAUUAUUAUUGGAACAAAUGAUCGACAAAUAGAGUCUUACAAUCAAAUGGAAUCACAACAAACUGAAUGUCCGUUAAUGAGUUCAGUAUUUUUCAUGCAAUGGCCAAACAGUUUUCAAAUUGGAAGUUUACCACCGAUAUAUCAGUGUUCAACAGAUUAUUCUGAAACUUAUCAAGAUGGUAGCAUUCACACUGGUUAUGUAAGUCAGUUAUCAAAUACAAUCCAAGCACAAUCACGAAAUGAAACCAUAAAACUGCGAAAAAGCAAUACCAUAAGUUUCUCGGAUGAGAAACAAAUAAUCUACGAUGAAGAUGAUGACAGCGUUGAAAAUUCUUCAGUCGUCAAUAAAGCGCACACUUCUUGUACAAUUUAUAGACCUACAGAAAAGUGUAACACAAAAGAUAGUAAUUCAAGAAUAAAUCUUUAUCCAAGGAUCAUUUAG